GGAACAGAGGUGUGGUGAGAACUGGAAGCUCUGAUUGUGUUGAUCUGCGCGAGCGCGUGUGCACGACGCUCAUCUCAACUCUCCGUGCGAGAAGAGGUGGGACCUUCGGAAGCGUAUUUAAAGCCCUAACCUGACAUCGUGUUUCCUGUUGGUGGAAGAAGAAGAAGUGUGGACGCGGUUGGAGCAGCGACGGACACGCACACACACACACACAGACGGAGGAGCGAACAGCAGUGAUCAUGGAAAGUGAUAAUUCAAAGACACAGAACCACCAGAACCACGAGCUGGUUCCGCACAAGGGCUUCAAGCUCAUCAGCGGCACUCAUGACCCGGAUGAUGUGGACCAGAUUUACAACCUGGAGAUCAGAGACUCUGACGUGUUUGUCGUCACAUACCCUAAGUCAGGGACCAUCUGGAUGCAGCAGAUCCUGCUGCUCCUUGAGUCAAAGGGAGACGUGUCAGCCAUCAGCCAAGUCAACAACUACUCCAACGGCGAUCUCAUCCCCUGGAUCGAGUUGAACGGCAACAGACAGGCGUUCAUCACAGCCCCUUCCCCCCGACUGAGAGUCACUCAUCUGCAGUACCAGUUCAUGCCUUCUGCUCUGAGCCACAAGGGCAAGGUGAUCUAUGUGGCAAGAAAUCCCAAAGAUGUCCUUGUGUCUUACUUCCACUUCCAUAAGCUUGCAAACAUGUUGGAGACCCCAAAGGAUUUCAAUGACUUCUUUGAGAAAUUCUUGAAAGGAGAUGUGUUUGGGUGCAGCUGGUUUGAUCACAUUAAGACUUUCCACGCACACAAGGAUGAUAUGAACAUGCUGUUCAUCACAUAUGAAGAAAUGGUUCAAGACCUGCAGUCUGCGGUGGAGAGGAUCGCCCUGUUCCUGGGCAAAGAGCUGACUGAUGAGCAACUGGCCAAUGUGGUGAAAUACAGCACCUUCAAUAACAUGAGGAAAAUCCCUCAGGCUAACUAUGAGCAGGUGCCUGGCGACCUGCUCAGCCACCAACAGGGAAAAUUCAUGAGGAAAGGCACCAUCGGUGACUGGAAGAAUCACUUCACUGUGGCACAGAAUGAGAAGUUUGACGAGGUCUUCAACAAGGAGAUGGAGGACUUUCCUCUGUCUUUUCUAUGGGACGUCAGUGACAUUGUCUGACCACUCAUGACCUUUCAUGGUAACAUUAUAAAAAAGAAGAUAGUCACGGUUGCAGCUUCAUGAACUCUGUGUUGCACAGAAACAACAUCUGCUUCUCUGUUCCAUCUGUCAUAAUAGCAUCUUUGUAUAUGUUGACCUUUUUUUCCAAAGCAUAGAAGAGAUUUUCUUUUUCCAUUGGUUUCCAUGUGUUUUAGUGUAAAAAAAAAAAAAAAACAACUAUGCAAAUCAGUACCUGGGUCACAACAUGUUGUAACAUCAAAUCAAUUAUUAUCUUGAGGUCAUGCAAAAGCUUUGUUGUGAUCUCGUCUGUCAAGCCUUGUCUCAUGGUGACGUAAAAAACACGGUCCCCCCUGUCGAAAUCCAUCUGCAAAGAAUAUGGUUUAAUCUGUUACAGCAGGGAUCGUGUCUGUUUUGCUGUUGUCACGGUUACAUUAUUGCUGCUCGGUAAUGCGGUUAAUACGCUCAGAAUCAACCCACGCUGACAGCAAUGUCAUAGUGGAACAUUCACUUUGACAAUAAUGAAAGCAAGCCUUCGUCCUCAGCAUAGUUGAUAUUGGAUCAAGGACAGACAGUUGUACUUGAUGCGAUUAGUACUGAGCGAGUGAAAACAUGUAUGAUUAUGUGUGGCUGCUAAAUAUGCAUAAAUACGUGAGUCUUGAUCGAUGGUCCUCAUGAUCAGACUUGGUGACAACAGUGAUUUGUCUCAGUUUGUGUGAAGGACCACACUCACUGUCCGUGUUCACUUCCAUAGACAUGUGAGCUAAAGUGCAGACGAGCAUGUGACUUGGGAGUCAGGAAUCUGAUGAACUCAGAACCCGCAACUGGACCUCAACGUCAACAACUCACUUGACGAGGUUGAUGACGUCGUCACUGUUUCCCCCUCUGUUUCCCCCGACACCAGAGGCUUGCACCGCGAUAUCUGUGAGUUUACAGGUUUUAUUGAACCUAACUAAUCAGCAGUGCUCGGCAACCUUUUACAUGUCAAUCUGGGUCAUUAUCAGCAAGCUCAGAUAAAGGGAUAGUUCAGGUUAUUUUGAAGUAAGAAUGAGAUUCUGAUUAUACAGUUCUAGCACUUCUCGGCUCAACUCCACUCGCUUUUUUUGGGCUUUUCCAUAAAGGUAAAUAGUACCUGGUACCUGGUGCUUUUUUUGGUACCUGCUCUGGCGAGGUUCCAAUCGAGCUGAGCCGAUACUAAAAUGUGACAUCAACAGAGUGUCGGCCAGAGAGCGUCGUCACUGGAAGAGUCAUGAGCGCGACGUCCAACACAAGAAUCAAAACCGCCAUUUAUGUCAUAUUUGAAAGGUUGAAACUUUGACUGGUUGACACUGGAUACUUCCACAUAAAAUGUCACAACAUUUAACCCAACACCAACAUGAAGAAGCCUUUAACCAGCAGGAAAUAUCACUUGAACUUGAAUCACUUGCAUGUCCUUCUGUUGAUGACGAGAGAGAGAGGAUUAAUUAGGUGCAUCAUCAAAUACGGCCACGCUAAACAACACAUAAUUGAAAUGCUGUGGCUUUGUUUUAGACCACCAGGCAACCACCAGACAACCAGGAAAUAUUUUCUCACUUAAUCAAGUACUUGUUCUGGUCCAUAAAAUGUCAAAAUACUGUUGUUGCCAUGUGGUUAACAUGACCAGUGAAAUUGAGCUAGGCCAGUUUUUCCUCCUACUUUUUAUACCAAGUUCCACCAGAGAAAAUAUUGAGCUCUCGAAGUAACACCAUUAAUCACCAACGUGACAACUCAGUGGUGUAAAUAGGCCGAGCUACAGACUUUAUUCCCAAUAAGAUAAUUUGCUCCCUCCUCUUCCUCACAUAUACUUCACACACUGAUAUAGUGACCUUGGAUUAAGAUGGAGUGAGAGAUAAAUUGGCUCUAAUUAUUAUCAUUUCAUUUAUUAUUUGUUUAAUUUUCUAUGCACUCUAUUUACAAAUUCCUCAGUACCACUAGAGGAAACAAACGUACCACUGGUGGUACAUGUACCACAGUUUGAGAACCAUGGAGCCAGACUUGACUGAUUAAUUAAACGACUGUUCUUGUCCCAGUAUACAAACACGAGUGGGGAAUUGAUUUAUUGAAUGAAGUACGACCUUUGUGACAUUAGGCUGUGAUGUGCCCUUGUUCAGCUUGUUAGCUGGCAGUUAGUUGUUGCAUUCUCAGUCUUCCUACCGUACACGAGCUGGCAGAGCAUAAACUCGGUCUCCUUGUCUCGUUGCCAAGAUAUUUCACAGUUGUUUUCGUCUGUGAACUGGCCUUCUCUGUUAUUACCGGGUCAAAGCCCGGGUGUGGGAACUAUGGAGUAUGCACAAAGCAUAUUGGCCAAACUGAGUCCUGCUGAACAUAUACAGUACAUGCAAAAGUAAUUUGACUCCUAAUCCCAUUAUCUGGGUGUGUUCGUCCAACUUUGAGAACUUCAAUUCAGUACAACGUCAGUGGGACUAACAUGUUAACAUGUAUUUUAAAAGUCUUAAUUUUAGUCCGACUAAAACAACUAGUACUUUGUAUGUAAAUGUGCCGAGUGAUGCAACAGAUUCAGUUGUGUGUCUGUAAACAGAGCCAAAGGGAGGAGGUGUUGUUCUCUCUCAGGUCACAUGCUUUACAUUAUGCUGGAAGGCUAUUGUGGAAGUGUACUGAUCAUUAAUGUAGAGCCGGAACUAACGAUUAUUUGUAUGGUCCAUAAAAUGUCAUAGAAUGUUUCCCAAACCGCGACAUGAUGAUACGUCUUGUUUUGUCCACAAACCACAGUUAAUCAGUUUUAACGAUUUCUUUGUCAAAUGGAACAAAGACAGAAAACCUGUUUUUAUUUGUAAAAAAAAAAACACUCAAGACGAAAUAAUAAUCGUAGCAGCCCUAACAAAAUCUCGCCUGCUGAACGUUUAAACCUGACUCUGUGUGCUCACUUAAAAACAGAUCCUGAAUCAAAGUUUUGUCACUUAAUGACUCCACACGUCACAGCCAUGACCUGACAAGGACUUUGACCCAGUUUUAUUCACAUUGUAUAUUCCUGCACAGCAAACAAUAUUCAAGAGGAGUCAAGUACUGAAGUGUACAUCCUGAUCAGGUGAUCACAUAUUAUCAGAUGUAAAUUAUGUAUUUUUAAUAUUACACUGUGUCUUAUUUACUUCCUAUGAAUCUUUGUGUUCAGAAAAUAAAGGUUGAUGAACUGAGAA